AUGAACAACGCAUUCGCGCGCUCUUUCGCGCUUCUUGCGGACAUGGGUCUCAACCCCGACGGCACUCCUAUUGAUACCCCACCCACCAACAUUCCGUCCUUCAUCGAGGCAAAGAAGUUGUCCUUGAAAGUCAGCACAGCCAGCCUCCAUUCCGCCUCAACCCAACCGCCCCCAGAGCAAAUCGUACCCGAAUACGUCGAACUCCCCACCGACGCCUUCGCCGCCUCCAAAAACCAAGCCACUUCCUACCACGGCACGUUCUACAACCGCUACUGGGUCUCGUCCCGCGCCUACAAGCCCGGCUCACCCGUAUUCCUCUACGACGUCGGCGAAUCCGACGCCAGCACCAACGCGCUCUACCGCCUGCAAGACCCCACAAGUUUCUUCCGGCAACUCGUCGAGAAGUACAAUGGAAUUGGAAUUGUCUGGGAACACAGGUUUUACGGAAACUCGUCGCCGACGCCCGUGGAUGUCAACACUCCCCCGGAGGACUUUGUGUUUCUGAACACGGAGCAGAGUCUCGCGGACGUCGACCGCUUCGCUAAGCAAUUCAGUCUGAGGGAUAGGGGGAUUAAUUAUACAUUGACGCCGGAUAAGACGCCUUGGGUCAUGGUCGGUGGGAGUUACCCGGGCAUGCGCGCGGCGUUUAUGCGCAACAAAUACCCGUCCACGAUCGCGGCGGCGUGGGCGUCGUCGGCGCCUGUACAAGCGACCAUCGACCAGAGUAACUACUACGAGCCCAUGUGGCAAGGCUUGCAGCGAUAUGGGUUUGGAAAUUGCUCGCGGGAUGUGCGGGCGGCGGUGCGGUGGAUCGAUGGGGUGUUGGAUAGUGCGAAUGCCACAGCGGCGGAGGGGUUGAAGGUGAUGUUUCUGGGGAAAGGCGCAGAGCGGAAUACACACGCGACGUUUGCGGAUGCGCUGACGACGAUUACGGCGGCGUGGAUGAGCUAUGGGGUUGAAGGGGGUGUACUGGGAUUCCGCCGGUUUUGCGAUUGGAUCGAGACGGACGCGGAUGGUAUGAAGCCCGUGGUCGCAGGCGCGCAGGGGUGGAGCGGCAUCAAGGGGGCCAAAUGGGUGGUAGAGCGGUGGGCGACGUAUCCGUGGUUUGUGGGGAAUGUGAACCGGUAUCUUGAGACGGAGUGUAGUGGGCGCGAUGAUGUGGAGGGCAAAUGCGAUUUGGACAGGAAGUUUACGGACCCGCAGAUGAUUAGUUGGACGUGGCAGUUUUGUACGCAGUGGGGUGAGUCGAUGAUGAGAUAUGACUUACGAUUCCGGCUUCAUGUACUGAUCAAUGGUAUAUCAGGCUUCUUCCAAUCCGCAAAUCUCGGUCCCCGCCAACUCGUUUCUAAAUACAACUCCCUAACACAUUGGCGCUCCAUCUGCCAUCGCCAAUUCCCCACCGCUUCACCCGACAUCUUCCCUUCCUGGCCAGACGUCGCGCGCACGAAUCGCAUCUUCGGCGGGUGGUCGAUUCGGCCCUCAAACACAUAUUGGUCUAACGGCGAGUUCGAUCCGUGGCGCAGCUUGUCCCGCGCCGGGGGCUAUGUGAUUGAGAAUGCGCAGCAUUGCUAUGAUUUUAGGACCACGGGGUUGACAGUGCCGGGUGGUGAGGUGAGUCGCAGGAUUUUUGAGGAGAAGUUGACGGGUUGGUUAAAAAGUUGGAGGCCACGGGGGGGUGGGAGUGCGAGUGGGAAGCCGGGAAGACCUUGGAGGGGGUAG